AUGGAAAACCGGCACGAGGCCGAGAGACUGAGCCAGAGGAACGAUCGCAUGGGCCGAGAGCUACCAAGAGCGCGCGAGCGUCCAACCGAAGGACUGGGAACGCCGAGAAUCAAGAAAAGAUGGAUUGGAGACUUACGCGAGCGCAGAUACAACAACGUUUGUCAAGUUUGGAAGUGGCAGGGACGACCCCUGGGACUUGGCGAGAUGGGUAUCGCCGUAAAGACGACCAAAGGAAAGGACAAACCGAAGGAGAAGAAGAAGCAGGCGGAGCGCGAAGUCGACGAACGAACGGACGCGCGCGAUCGACAAGUUGCUGGAGGAUUGAGACCGCCAGAGCCGGAGGAGGAAAAGGCGGAAGAAGGAGGAGGACAAUAUGGACGGCUCGAACAGAAGAAGAGCACAAGUAGCGACAAAUGGCCACGCGAAGCAGGAUAUGGUUGA